GCUCGCGGCUCUGGGAGGUGGCCAAUGACUGCGCUGAGGAAGAGCCGCGAGGCCAAUAUGGCUUCCUGCACCUGGUGACGGUUGAAGAAACGGUGUUAGGUCUCAUGGAGAAGACUCGGGGCGUCGAGGAGACUCCAUCUUCAGAACCUAUGGAAGAGGAGGAGGAGGAGGAGGAGGACUUGGAGCUCUUUGGUGGCUAUGACAGUUUCCGGAGCUAUAAUAGCAGCGCAGGCAGCGAGAGCAGCUCCUACCUCGAAGAGUCAAGUGAAGCAGAAAAUGAAGAUCGGGAAGCAGGGGAGCUGCCCACCUCCCCCCUGCAUUUGCUCAGCCCUGGGACUCCCCGCUCCUUGGAUGGCAGUGGUUCUGAGCCAGCUGUCUGUGAGAUGUGUGGUAUCGUGGGUACAAGGGAAGCCUUCUUCUCCAAGACUAAGAGAUUCUGCAGCGUUUCCUGUUCCAGGAGUUACUCCUCCAACUCCAAGAAAGCCAGUAUCUUGGCCAGAUUACAGGGAAAACCGCCGACCAAGAAAGCCAAAGUCCUGCACAAGGCAGCCUGGUCCGCCAAAAUCGGAGCCUUCCUCCACUCACAAGGGACAGGACAGCUAGCAGACGGGACACCGACAGGGCAAGACGCGCUCGUCCUGGGUUUCGACUGGGGAAAGUUCCUGAAGGAUCACAGUUACAAAGCUGCUCCCGUCAGCUGUUUUAAGCAUGUCCCACUCUAUGACCAGUGGGAGGAUGUGAUGAAGGGGAUGAAAGUGGAGGUGCUCAACAGCGACGCGGUGCUCCCCAGCCGGGUGUACUGGAUCGCCUCCGUCAUCCAGGCCGCAGGGUACCGGGUACUGCUCCGGUAUGAAGGCUUUGAAAAUGACGCCAGCCAUGACUUCUGGUGCAACCUUGGGACAGUGGACGUCCACCCCAUUGGCUGGUGUGCCAUCAACAGCAAGAUCCUGGUGCCCCCACGGACCAUCCAUGCCAAGUUCACCGACUGGAAGGGGUACCUCAUGAAGCGGUUGGUGGGCUCCAGGACACUUCCCGUGGAUUUCCAUAUCAAGAUGGUGGAGAGCAUGAAGUACCCCUUCCGGCAAGGCAUGCGGCUGGAGGUGGUGGACAAGUCCCAGGUGUCCCGGACCCGCAUGGCCGUGGUGGACACAGUAAUCGGGGGUCGCCUUCGGCUCCUCUAUGAAGACGGCGACAGUGAUGAUGACUUCUGGUGCCACAUGUGGAGCCCCCUGAUCCACCCAGUGGGCUGGUCACGGCGAGUCGGCCACGGCAUCAAGCUGUCAGAGAGGCGCAGUGACAUGGCCCACCAUCCCACCUUCCGGAAGAUCUACUGUGACGCUGUUCCUUACCUGUUCAAGAAGGUUCGAGCUGUCUACACAGAAGGUGGUUGGUUUGAGGAGGGGAUGAAACUGGAAGCCAUUGACCCCCUGAAUCUGGGCAGCAUCUGCGUGGCGACCAUCUGCAAGGUUCUCCUAGACGGCUACCUGAUGAUCUGCGUGGAUGGGGGGCCCUCCACAGAUGGCUCAGACUGGUUCUGUUACCAUGCCUCCUCCCACGCCAUCUUCCCAGCCACCUUCUGCCAAAAGAAUGACAUUGAGCUCACGCCCCCGAAAGGCUAUGAGGCACACACUUUCAGCUGGGACACCUACUUGGAGAAGACCAAGUCGAAAGCAGCUCCAUCGAGGCUCUUUAACAUGGACUGCCCCAACCAUGGCUUCAAGGUGGGCAUGAAGCUGGAGGCCGUGGACCUGAUGGAGCCGCGGCUCAUCUGCGUGGCCACGGUGAAGCGGGUGGUGCACAGGCUCCUCAGCAUCCACUUCGACGGCUGGGACAGCGAGUACGACCAGUGGGUGGACUGUGAGUCCCCGGACAUCUACCCUGUCGGCUGGUGUGAGCUCACCGGCUACCAGCUCCAGCCACCUGUGGCCGCAGAGCCAACCACACCUCUGAAGGCCAAAGAGGCCACAAAGAAGAAAAAGAAACAGUUUGGGAAGAAAAGGAAAAGAAUGCCACCGACCAAGGCCCGGCCCCUCAGACAGGGGUCCAAGAAGCCCCUGCUGGAGGGUGACCUGCAGGCCGCAGAGAAGAUGUCGUCAGAUCCUGCUCCAGAAGACAUCAUCGCCGUGCGCGUGAAGGAGGAGCAUCUGGACACGGCUGCGCCCGACAGAGCCCCGAGUCCGGCGCUGCCUGUUCCCAUCGAGAGCAUUAAACAGGAGACGGACGACUGAGCCUUCCCACCACCAGCCCCGGGCUCCUCGGGGCCGCCGCCCUUCCCCUGCUGCUUCAGUCUGGAGACGGAGCCUUUCUGCCUGAGUUCUGCCAGGAGCUCCGACGGCCGGCCCCAAGGACUCACGCCCUCCGCCCUGCAGUAACCUCGCCGCACACCCACCUACCCCUCAGCUGCCAGGGGGCAGAGGGCUGCCCCAGUCACACGGGAAGACGAGUCCGUGAAGCGUGUACGCGUGUGUCCUCCAAGUCCCGUAAUGCAGGCCUGGAGCCGCGCUCUGGAGGGGAGGCUGGUGGCGAGUGGUGUGGGUGCCUGAGAGCAGCCUCUCCCCCUGGGCCUGACGCUCUGCUCCUGCCAACACCCGGGGGAGGCCAGGGAACCCCACGCAGGCAGCUAAGUGGCAAUGACCAGGAGGCAGGUUCUGGUGACUUGUGAGGUGGCCUUAACCUGUUUUUUCUGUUGGCAAGAGGACUGCCCCUGAUCUCCUAAACAGAAUAGUGGCCUUGAGGUGGGGUCUGCUCUGGGCUCAGGGCCUCCUGCCACGUGGGGAGGCCCGGUGGCAGAGGGGGCAGCUGGAAGGGAGGCCACCGCCAGCUUUGCGCUUAACCACUCUGAGCCCGGCUUGGCUUUCACGCCCCCUUCUCGCUGUUACCCGGAGCCAGAUG